CUGAUGAUAAGAUUUUCAAGGACCUGAGAGCACGAUUGAUUCUGCCAUUGCCAUUGCACAGAAAUGCAAGCAAGCAGUACAUAUAUAACUGGGUAGCGGGCCUAGUGGGUACCGCGUAGAACGCGGUUUGCAGUCGCUGUCCAAACGCGGUGCAGCAAGUCAGUCAACCCCGUGCAGAUCCUCAGUCAGUCAUUUAAAAUCUUGGGGUCUACCAAAAUAUGCCGAUUUCGAAAUUUCCCUCGCAACUGCCAGUCGUCCUUAAGUCCUCCAUUCUGUGUGCUAUAAACAAGGGUUGAUGCACCGCCCCAGAACGAAAUAAAAGAAAACGGAAGAGUCCGGAGUCGAGAGCAAAUACGCUAACAUCACUGUCUCUCCUCCUGCAUUCAUUGGAACGGGUAAGUAGUGUAGAUCCACAGAGACAGAGGAGGGACUGAGAUGCAGGCGCCGGCGUGUACCAAUGCUCCGGCGUGCACAUUCCCCUUCGCCACGAUGCAGUCGCAUGGCGUCAGGAUCGCGAGGUCGCACGCCUACGACUGGGUUGCGCUGCUCCUUCUGAUCGCCAUGGAAUGCGUCCUCAACGCCAUCGAGCCGUUCCACCGCUUCGUCGGCGAAGGCAUGAUCGCGGACCUCAGAUACCCCAUGAAGAGCAACACCGUCCCGGUCUGGGCCGUGCCGAUCGUUGCUGUCAUUGCACCUAUGCUCAUCUUUAUGGCCAUCUACAUCUGGAGGAGGAAUGCGUAUGAUUUGCACCAUGCUACGAUUGGUAUUCUGUUUUCUGUGCUGAUCACCGGCGUCCUGACGGAUGCGAUCAAGAACGCCGUGGGCCGUCCGCGCCCCAACUUCUUCUGGCGCUGCUUCCCUGAUGGAAUCGCUGUGUACGACAACAUCACCACAGCAGUCAUAUGCCACGGCGACGCCAGCGUGAUCAAAGAAGGCCACAAGAGCUUCCCAAGUGGCCACUCUUCCUGGUCUUUCGCCGGCCUGGGUUUCCUGUCGUGGUACCUUGCCGGGAAGAUCACCGUCUUCGACCGACGAGGGCACGUCGCCAAGCUGUGCGUCGUCAUCCUGCCUCUCCUCGUCGCCGCCGUCAUCGCCAUCUCGCGGGUAGAUGACUACUGGCACCACUGGCAGGACGUCUUCGCCGGCGGCAUCCUUGGAAUGGUGGUUGCGUCUGUUUGCUACCUGCAGUUCUUUCCACCACCCUCUGAUGACAAAGGUUUCUGGCCUCAUGCACACUUCAGGUACAUCAGCGAGAGGGAAGAGGAGAGCCGGAGGCGGCGCGCUACUGAAAUGAGCAACAGUGACUCGACCGCAGUUGUCCCUUGGCAAGGUGAGGCGGGAGCAAACACGAGCCGAACGUUGGACGCAAUGGAGUCCGGUACGUCGGACAGGGCGAUGGCCCAUGAUACCAACCCAUAGAUGCUACCAUGAUACAAACUUGAAUAUUCAAAUUUAAACAUUCCAAAAAAUUCUAAAAAAAUUGUGGAUGUUCACAACACAUAUGUUGACAACUCCUAAAAAAUUCAGAUUAAAAUUCGAAAUACACAUCGAGAAACAAAAGAGAGAAAUCCGUCAUGAAUAGUGUCAAAAGAAGACAAAAGCAGAAUUGGCACUAUUCACAUCUGAAUUUGUCUUUUUUGUUUCUCCAUGCGUAUUUUGAAUUUUGAUCUGAAUUUUUUAGGGGUAGUCGAAAUAUGUGUUGCAAACAUCCAUGAUUUUUUUCAGAAUUUUUUGGAAUGUUUAAAUUUGAUUUAUUCAAGUUUGUAUCAUGAUAGCAUCUAUGGGUUGGUAUCACUGGAUAUUUUCCCCGAUGGCCCCAUGUAACAUGCAUGUGUUGUGGCCUGUGGAUAGAUCCGCUGUCACCUACCCUAAGCCUUGGAGAUUUCGGCUUCCAAGUUCCGAAAUGCUGGGUUGGAAGUGUCACUGAAUCUCCCUGUAUAUAGUACUUAAGAGUCCGGUAUGUAGGACAUGGCAAUGGCCCUGUGUAACAUUUAUUGUAGAUCGAUCACUUGGCAUCUAUAUAAGCCAUGGAGAUCCAGCUUCCAAGUUCCAAUGUGUAGCGUUAGAAAUGUCACUGAAUCUGUAUGUGUAUACACAUGUAAUGUGAAUCUAUUCCGUUGGAGUCUAAGCCUUGGAGAAUGGAGAUUCAGCUUCCAAUUUGUAAUGUAGGGUUAGCGAUUUCACUGUAUCUCUCUAUAUAUACUGAAUGCUCACCAUAUGUAUA